AUGCACCGCGCAGGUGGGGGCGUGGCGAAGGGCGGGCAGGGGCGGUGGCCGCGCGCUGAUUGGCUGCGGGGCGGGUCUGUAAAGGCGGAGGGCGCGCGGAGCGGGCGCCAUUUUGACCUCGUGGUCGGGAGUGAGGAGGACUCGCCUGCGGCCGCUGCACUUCGCUGGCCUGUGGGCCGGAGGCAAAUCCCCUCCCUGUCCUUCUUGCUUCCUGCCCCAGGCCCCGAGCUGAGGACGGAGAGCCCGGAGGACAAAUCCCCCCGUGAGACCCUGGUGGGAGAGGCCGUUUUGAAGGGCUCCACGGUGCAGGAAGGCAGCGGGGAGGAAAAGGGCCGGAGAUCCCCCCGCAGGAGGGGCUCCAAAGCCAGCCCAGGGUGCUCUGAGGAGGAAAGACCCAGCCUGUGCCAGGAAGGCGGCCAGAGCUUGAGGCGGAGCUCUGAGCUGGUGGUCCCUGAGCAGCCUCCCAGCAGGGAGAAGCCCUUCAGAUGCUUGGAAUGUGGAAAGAGCUUCAGGCAGAGCUGUGACCUCCUCAAGCACCAGCACAUCCACACUGGGGAACGACCCUACUCAUGUGGGGAAUGUGGGAAGAGCUUCAGGGACAGCUCCACCCUCCGCACCCACCAACGCAUCCACACUGGAGAACGGCCCUACAAGUGUGGGGAGUGUGGGAAGAGGUUUCGGACCAGCUCAGAUCUCGUCGUGCACCAGCGGACGCACACAGAUGAGAGGCCCUUCCGCUGCACCGACUGUGGGAAGGGCUUCAAGCAGAACUCCCACCUUGUCACCCACCGGCGCAUCCACACCGGGGAGAGGCCCUACAAGUGUGGGGAGUGUGGGAAGAGCUUUAGCCACAGCUCCCACCUGAUCCGGCACAAGCACAUCCACACAGAAGAACAGCUCGAAGAAGGGCCUCCCAGCAGAGAGAAGCCCUUCAGGUGCUUGGAAUGUGGGAAGAGCUUCAGUCAGAGCUCUCACGUGCUCCGACACCAGGACAUGCACACUGGGGCACGUCCCUACACGUGUGGAGAAUGUGGGAAGAGCUUCAGCCAGAACUACCACCUCCGCACCCACCAGCGCAUCCACAGCGGGGAACGGCCCUACAAGUGUGAGGAAUGUGGGAAGAGCUUCAGCCGGAGGGGGAAUCUCUACACGCAUGAGCGGACGCACACGGAUGAGAGGCCCUUCUGCUGCACCGACUGUGGGAAACGGUUCAAGGAGAAAUCCCAUCUUGUCACCCAGCGGCGCAUCCACACCGGGGAGAGGCCCUACAAGUGUGGGGAGUGUGGGAAGAGAUUCACCCAGAUUGGUGUCUUGACCAAACACCAACGGACCCACCAGUAA